AUGACUGCCAUGGCACUCCCCAGGCUGCCGACACAGGCUCAAAGCGACUACGCUAUCGUGAACAGUCGACUCCGCUUGAUCGCAGACGAAGCCUACCCAUACGAGGCAUAUGAUGCCGACGGCCAGAUCGGACAUGCCAGAGCAGCGAUUACCGACCUCGCUGCCGGUAUCUCCCUGAUUCCUAACCUUCCAAGUAUCAGAUUGAUUGAAGUAUACGCCGACACCUUGACAACGCAAUCUCCAAUAACGCUAUCGCAGCGGGUGGAUGAAUUGUUGAUCUUCGCAAGGCACAUCGUGGUCGAUUCUGCCAUUUCGAUCACAGUCUCUAGCGGUGUUCUGGUGAGGUUCUACUGCUCAAGCUCAUGUUGUCCCUUCAAUCUCAGAAUCUCAACACCCAAGGGUCAACAGAACGUCACGGUCAAUGCUCCAACCAACUGUCAAGCUGUGGACGUGGAGAUUGAUACAAAGGAUUGGAGUGCUAUCGUUAGCAACACUCCUGAGCCGCCAACUGACCGCUUCGACGUACCGAGUCUAGCGGAUCGUAUCCUCGACAAGACUCUGCAAAAGCCUCAAUAUGACGAUAAGAUGAAUGAACAUCUCCCGCAGCUCCUGCGGUACCAACUACUACUAGCGGCAAGCUGGCAACGACAAGAGCCAGAGACGGCUUUUGACAUUGGCACCUACGUGAUGAAAAUGACCCAACGCAUUCCCAAAGCCAUUGAUCUGUACUCACGUGCUUUGACGUUUGCGGCGACGCCAGUUAUCAUGAAUCGCGAUCAGCUGGCUGCACAGGCUGAUUUAGUACCCGUAUCCUCUACAAAAGCCAUCCUUGAAGCUCACUUGAUGGCCGCAAAGACGUUCGAUGACGCUCUCCGCGACUUCAAAGGGCAGGAAGCCAAUGCAUCAAACAGCAUUCUUACGGCCAAACUUGCUCUGCAGGCAUCGGAAGAUGCCGAAGCCAGCUACUCCUUCCUUGCCACCCAAGCCAAGGCUCGCUUUGAUGGUGCUCAAGCGUCACUGAACACCGCGCAGAAGAAUUUCCAAGACCUGGAGCUGCUGAUCCCCGCUGCGCAGAAGGGGUUUCAGGACGGCAUCGAGAAGUGGAAGAUCAAACAUAUUGCGCAAGUUGUCGUGCAAGGCUUGGUGGCUGUGACCAUGAUUGUGGGCUCGAUCGCGGCCGCAUGCGUUGUACCACCGGCCGGUGUCGGUGCUGCUGCGGGUUUUGUUGAGCUUCCCGAAAUCACUGCGGAGGCCGCCAACGGUAUUGCGACUGUCGAGCAUAUGGUGACAGUAAUGGAUCGACUCAAGAGUCUGUACGAUAAGAUCAAGCCCGGCUUGGAGAAGAUUGGCCAGCUUGUUGAGAGUAUACAAGCGAUCCUUGCCUUGCUCGUCAAGAUGAAGCACGUAAACGAGGCAGAUGGUGCUUCGCUGAAGGGCCUGAAUGUCUCAGUGAAAGAAGGCGACGAUUUGAUCAACAUGGCAGCCGACUGGGAUUCGUUUGGAACGGAGAUGGCGUUCUUGUAUGACCCAAUCAAAUCAGAGAACAUCGAGGGCGGCGAGUCGUUCUUCCUACUCGUUGCCAAGCUCGUGAUUCGAGGCAAAGCAGUUCUUACAGCUCAACAAGCAGUGACAAGCACGGGAGACCAGUAUGCUGCCGUCCUUGCUCAGCAGCUCAUGGCGACAAGGUCAACAUCACGCCUGCGCGCUGCAUUGCCGCAGAUCCAGGGUGACCCGGUAGCUCUCCACCUUUUGCGCCGAGAUCUCUUCCAGAGACUGGUCGCCGUCCGGACGAGCAUCGCGCUCGACUUCAAGCAAUAUCUUGACGGACUUGCAUGGUAUGCACUGGAAGUCGUGCAGACAAACAUCAAUCUCGACCCCCUCAAAGAUAUCGGCGAGUUUUACAAUGACACUGCAACGCUGCAAGGCGCAUUCGCAAGGGUGUCUGCGUACGUUAGAGUACAAUCGCGCUCGUUCUGGCUCUCGACAGCUUCCGGGAGUCAGGGCAUAGCGGCCAGUCAGGCGGAUCCUGCACCGUUGAUGGUGGCCAAUGCUGGCUCACUAGCCAAAGAUACCAUGCAGAGCAAAACCAUGACCUUCUCCAUCGACCUGACUUUGCCAUGCUUCACAGGCUUGGGACGCAUUCGAAUGAAGUCAUUUUCGAUCCUCCUCGACGGCGUUGCCGCCGACUACGUUUCACUGAGAGCGAGACUGGGAGAGCAGAUGGCUGACCUCUCACUAAACUCUGCUCAGACAGACGGGGUCCAGACCGGCGUGGAGUUGCAGAGUGCGGCCAACCGAAUUCUGCACUUCAACGCAGCCGCCUUGACGUUGGGCUUCGCUUACAGUGUCGAUCGGCAGGGACAGCGUACGGACCUGCUGUCUGGGGAUGUCGAUCCCGCGGUUUCAUGGCCGAGUCCCUUCAGAGACUGGACCAUCACCAUCGAUGACAGAGUGGAUUUGGCGGGACUCAAGUCUAUGGUGUUGCGUGUCGACUGCGAUGUCAGCUUGUGCCUCUAA